AUGCUGCCAGCGCUGGCAGUGUGGAAUCGUGCACCCUCAACUCCAGGAACGACUUUUUCCGUGGCUCCAACGCCGGGCCCAGCUGCCGGAAGCCGAGGCCUCCUGGGCACGCAAGGGCCAACCUCUAUACCAACGUCCGUCAGCCCGCCCCCAGCGCUGGCGAUCUGGGGCGGAACCCCCUCCCCUACGCUCAAGCCGAUCGACUUCCCGGAUGUUGUCCAUGCUCCUUCAUCUCCUGAGAUCGCUCCGUCUUCGCCGACGUGUGGGGACACCGAGUCGUUCCAGAUCAUUUCGUCGGAGCUCCCUGAUGUCCAGGGAUGCUUCCAGGCGACUUCUACUUUGUUCUCUACGCCGGAAUCAACCGAGGAAUACUGGAGCUUGACCGGCGAGGCCGAAUUUGAGAGUAUUUUGGUGGCCUCCAUCCUAGACCUGGACACGGAAGAAGAGGAUGACUCCACUCCGUGGUAUUUGGUCUUCCUCUCCGCGGACGACGAUGCCACCGUGGUUUACUGCUAUUCGAACGAGCAGGGGAUCUUGGUUCACCCGACCGACGCAACGUGGCAAUCGAAGAUGGUGAAAGGAUAGAAGCUUGACGACGAGAUGGCCAUGAGACGCUGCGAUUAUUUUUUUCUGCCAGCAUUUUUUCGUGGAGACUACAUUCAUUAGGCUUCAAUCUUCAAUGACCAUUCAUGGCGACGACCCCCAUCUACGCCCCACUCUCCUCUACUCUUCAAAGGUGGAUGAAUGAAGUACCGAUCAAGCAUGACCCCUCGAAGUAUCCCGGAAACUCAGGGUGACCACUCUAUUCCCAAAGGGGUCAAACCUCCUAGGUUAGGACUCUUUCAGGCUUAACCUAGUUCCUCGAAAAAUUGCAAAAUGCGGACUGACGCGGGAGGGCUGAAAAUUGAGUUCAGCUUGACAUACUGUUGGAAAUUAAGAGUAGAAAUAUAUACGAAUAAAUUUGUUCUAAAAGCGCCGGUUGUCAAAUUUCUGUCAUAGCAACGUGUUUCACAGGAUUCACCGUCGAUAAUGCUGCCGGGAUUUGCAUACGCAAUCUUUGCAUUCAACUUCGAAGGACUUUGAAGAGAUUAUCAGCGUUUGUUUGUAAUGACCCUGAAGCCUGUCCAUACAACCGCGAGGGUGUGUUUUAUCUGGUCGCCGGUCUCGAGCAAACCGGUGGUAUUUUGUUGUAGCGUCUAUGCUAGGUUCUCUCGGGUGCUGUCGUAGUUACCGUCGUGACAAAAGUAAGGAUGGAAUGUCCUUCUUGGCAGCCCGCACACCUAACAUGGGCAUGAUGGGUUGAGAAUGGUGUGAACAU